GUUGCCUUGUUUGCGUGCGCCCGGCAGGCAUCCAAUCGUCACGGACUCGGCUUGUUUGCUCAGGAGGACAUCGCUGCAGGAGACGCCAUGCCUAUGGCUUGUUUCGGGUCUUUCGUAGUGCAUGAUUCUGUAGAAGAGGUCGUGUCUGCCAUCAACAAGGACGGUGUCCCUCGCCACCACGUGACUUCUAAAGUGUGGCUGCUGUGCACAGAGGAUGAGAACAGUCGUCCACAGGCCGCGCUGUACAUGGUGCCUCACCAGUCUUGCUUUUUGUGGUACAUGAACUCAAGCGGCUCGGACGCCGGAGAUGCUAACGUGGAGGCACACGAACAAAUUGAUGCUGAAUUUCUCAGCCUCGGGAGGCAGGGCCGGGGCGGUACAAAGAUUCGACACGUGCAAAACCCGGCCUUUGAGGAGCUGCUCGUGUCAUCAAAAGUACUGGUGUUCAGACUUUCCAGAGAUGUCAAGGCUGGAGAAGAACUUCUGUACGACUACCAUGUGGCGGAGUCGAAGGGUAGCUUGGGUAGCGUCUAAGCAAGGCAACAGUAUAGUGAACGUGCGUUGGCGGUAGCACUUUUUUCUUCUCCGGUGACACUUCGUAGAAUACAAAGUUCGGUAUAACUUAGCUUCCGAUUCUGCUGGAUGCGCUUGGUGUGGUAACGAAGCUAACUUCAAUCUCUAAACAAACGUGGUGAUGAACAAGAAGGACGGACAUGUUGGCUUUUUUUAGGCCAGUUGUAUGUGCCCUACCGACUCCUUUCUGUGCUCAAGGGCGGCGAUGGAACAUUCUGCGUAAUGCAGACUGUAGCCGAACUUAUUACACGAAGGACGGAAACGUUUUGACGCUCGCUCAAGCAAGCUUACUUUUGUCGGGUGCACAGCAGCCGUGGGGAGGCUUCUUCCCGUCAAGGUAUCUUCCAUCGAAUGAAAGUUUGUUCGUGCCCCUGAUCACAAACUGCACUAGAACCUAAUUUCGGAUGCCUUCUUCCCUCGCAAUGGAGGCACACAAGUUGCUUAAAAUCUGUUGUGUUGGACGUGAAAAAGUAUGAGACUCAAAGGCGAGCAGCAACAAAGUCUCGGGCCGGGAGCACCCCCAUCUGCAAGAACCCCCAUCGGCAAGAAAUGUAACCAUGUCACGUAUUGACAACCACGGCAAGACUACGCACGAACGAGACCGUACUUCCAUGAGAAAAACGACGACGUGCCCGACAGGCAGGACUCUCAAUAAACUCGAGGCCAACAGGACAACAAUAACACUGUCUAAAGGAUGCGCUCUACCCUUCCUCGGCCCAAGUUCUUCUUGGCAUUAGGCCCCGAGUGCUUGUGCGUUUCGGCAAAACUUCAUCUAAACGGGGGGCAGCCUCUACGCCCGCGCCCCCCGUAUCGAUGUUUUGAUGCCCCGCCGAACGUUCCUUGUGCAUUUCCUUUCCUUGGAGGGUCCCAACAUCCCCCGUCUCUUCCUCCACCUCCGAGUUUGUUCCCUCCACCGACUGCGUCGACAAACGACCGUCACCACGCCCCCCCCCC